GCCUGCAAGGAAGUGCCCCGACUGCUCCAAUAAUGGCUGCUCUCUCCCUCUCCAAGCUUCCUACCUUCGUCUCUGCAUCCAAUCCCAAUCAAACAGCCAGACCCGAAUCUUAUUAUAUUCCUUUGACAACCACCUUGAAGCCCACAAGUCUUCUGAACCCAUGGCUCGGAAGAACCAACACUCUAGGAGUCAGCAGAGCCCAACUGCCAAAGCUCCGACCCUUCUCUUCCACAAUCUGCCUCAGCCUCCCGACGGCAGUCAAGGAGAGAAUCUCGUCCAAUGAGGAACUUCCCAAAUGGUCUAGCAGGGCUAUAAAGUCAUUUGCAAUGGGGGAAUUGGAAGCCAGGAAGCUCAAGUACCCAACUACUGGGACUGAAGCAAUCCUCAUGGGUAUCCUCAUUGAAGGAACCACUUUAGCUUCGAAAUUUUUGCGAGCAAAUGGAGUUACACUAUUCAAGGUGCGUGAAGAAACUGUCAGGUUACUUGGGAAAGCCGAUAUGUGGUUUUUCAGUCCUGAGCAUCCCACAUUGACUGACGAAGCUCAGCGUGUACUCGACUGGGCUGUUGAUAAGAAAAUAAAAUCUGGCGGUAGUGGUGAAAUUACAACAUCUCAUCUGCUUCUUGGCAUUUGGUACGAAGUGGAUUCACCGGGCCGGAAGAUAAUGGCCACUCUUGGCUUCAAUGAAGAGAGAGUGAAAGAGCUGGAGUCUUUAAUCUCUGAACCUGGAUUCGUAGAGGAUUAGGGAUGAUAUGUUCCAUAUUUUUUGUUUUUUGUUUUUGUUCUCUAUACCUGUGAUACGGUUUUAACCAUUACAUGGAUAGUUGAUGUUAGUCGGACUUGUUUAAUGGCAUUUGUUGUAUCUGAAUGUUAGCUUGCUUCUGAUUAUAAAUUGGACUUGGGUUUAUUCCACACAA